UCCUGCCUUCCUUCGUUUUCCUCCCGUUGACCGAAUAAUUGAGUUGCUGGCUGCUCUGGAUGGAGGAUUAAUUCGUGUGAUUGAUUGAUUGAUUGCUGAAUUGACUGUUUUGUUAGAGAAUCUGAUCCGUGUAAUGUUCCUAUGAUAUUAGGGAGCAUGCUGGAAGUCUGAUGCUUGCUCUCAGGGUACUAGUCUUAGAGAGCUUCUUACCUGCUCUCAUUCUACUGUGGUGUGAGUACGUCAGUAGAGCUCCCUUUUGCGGCCUUGUGCGUAUUUGGAAAUUAGGGCUAUGCUCUGCAAGCAACUUUAGUGUCUGCACAGCGAAGCGAGCACAUUUUGCGCUCCAUUGUCUCACCUUAAAUCCGUUCGUCGAGCGAUUUUGAGCGGUACUGCUUAGAUGUUUGAUCGAUUGGUGGGUUGUGUUGGGUAGGAGCUAAAACAUCACUGCUGGUAUUUGAUUGGCGAUUCUGCUGACCCACUUAAUUGUCGUAAUGUGCUGCGUAUUUUAGAAAUUUGCUCUUUAAAUGUGCUGCUGCUGCUUUCCAUUUGCGACAGGACGCCUGUAAGUUUGACGGUUUGUCGUAGUUUAUCCUGCUGGCUCCUGUAAAUCUGCUCCUCUGCUCCCCCGCCUCUCUUAUCAAAAGCCCCCAAUUUAUUACCCUAAACCUGCAUCAAUUCCAGCCCCCUCCCCCCUCUCCUCCCAUAUCUAUCUGCCGCAGUCCUGAGGAAGCUCUGACCCCCUAUUGCCGCCCACCGAAUCCUGUAGAGAUAUCUACUUUGGAUAUUUGCUCUUUAAAUGUGCUGAAUAUAUUUUGGAAAUCUGUUCUUUAAAUGUGCUGCUGCCGCCGCCGCUGCUUUCCAUUUGAGAAUGGAUCCAUGUAGGUUUGAAGUUUUUGUCAUAGUUUGUCCUGCUGGCACCCGUAAAGCUGCUCCUCCGCUCCCCUGCCCUCUCUCUCUCUCUCUUAUCGAAACACACCAAUUUAUUAGCCUAAAUCUGCAGCAAUUCCAGGCCCACUCCCCCCUCUCCUUCACCCAUAUCUCACCGCCGCAAUCCUGCGGAACCUCUGACCCCUAUUGCCGCCCGGCGAAUCCUGUAGAGCUAUCUAGUUUUUUCUCUCUUUCUUCUUCGGGGCCGGGGAACAUGUCGGCCAUGGUGACUGAGGGGGGGUUCGGGUUCGGGUCAGGAGGGUGGAUGUGGGAGCAGGACAUGGUGUUUGAGAAUGCGCUGCCGUUGGUGGAUCUGCAGGAGGGGGAGGCCGUGUGGAACAACAUGGCUGGCGUCGUUGAGGUGAAGAAGGGGUCCGGAUCCGGGUCCGGGCCCGGAGGGUGGACGUGGGAGCAGAACAAGGCGUUUGAGAAUGCACUGGUGUUGGUGGAUCUUGGGGAGGGUGAGGCAGUGUGGAACAAGAUAGCCGAUGCUGUUGGGGGGAAGACAGCCGAGGAGAUCAAGCGGCACUAUGAGCUGUUGGUGGCGGAUGUGGACGCCAUCGAGGCGGGCCGGGUGCCGCUGCCUGUGUACACUGACGGCGGGAGUCCUGAGGAGGGAGGCUCCGGCGGGAAGAAGGGCGGCGGCAGGGUAGGAGGAGGACGGGGAGGGCAUGGGCAGAAGGGGUCAUCCAAGUCUGUCAAGCAGGAGGGCCGGAAGGGGAUCCUCUGGACCGAGGAUGAGCACAGGUUCGUGCCUCCAGCCUUUGUUUUAUUGUCUGCGGAGGAGCGAGCACAUGUUUGCUCCACUUUUUUUUUUACUUUAGAUCUGUUCAUCGAAUAAUUUUGAGUUAUACUUAGAAGUUUGAUUGAUUGGGUCGCCUAGGAGCUAAAAUGUCACUACUAUUUGACUGGCGAUUCUGCUGAUCCACUCGUGUAGUUGUCGUAAUGCCCUGAGUGUUUUGAAAAUUUGCUCUUAAGAUGUCCUCCUCCUGCUGCUUUCUAUUGGAGAGUGGGUGCGUGUAGGUUUGUCGUAUUUUGUAGAUUAGUUCACGUCUUGCGUGGUUGUUCGUAGAUUCAGGGCCUCUAUUGCAUGAUUGUUUUCAGCUGGAGUUUAUGUAACGGAGCUGUUGUUGUUUUGUUAGUUUGGCAGUAUCUAUAACUAUUGUAUUUGGCAUGCAAUCUGUUUAUGAUUAUGCAAUCCUUGAGUAGUGAACUGCUUCUGAACAUUGGUUAAAUGCGUGGCUGUUGGAGUUGCAUCCUUGAGCUGUACAUUGUGUAUGUUCUGACAUUUUGUUGGACUAACAACUUUAGUUUGUCACAUGUUACCUUGUGCAUGAAAAAUCUUUACUCAGAUGUCAGAAACUCAGAACUGUGGUUACUCAUGGAAAAAGGGUUUUUCAAAUGUGUUCUAGGCACUAAACAGAUUUAAUUGUUUAAGUGAAGGAACCCUUUGGACUAUUUCUUCACACAUUUAUUUUCAUUGUCUGGGUUGACUGAUUUUAGUACAUUUUCUCAUGCUAGUUUGCUAUCCUAAAUAUACUAAAAUGUUAGAAAUUGAACUUAUUGUGGCAAGUAAAACUCAACUUCCAUUUAGUUGAGUCAAUAUAUUUCAGAUAUGGAACCUUGUACAGUACUCCCUCUGUCCCAUAAUGUAAGAUGUUUUUUGACACUUGUGUAGUGUCAAAAAACGUCUUACAUUAUGGGAUGGAGGGAGUACAUUUCUUUCCUUCUAAAUGUGAAUUCAAGUACAUCAUCAAGCAUUUCACAUUUUCUGUAGCACUACGUAAUGGUGUGCUUCUUUUAGAAGUUCUGCUCCUUGCUUCUAUAAAUUCUACAUAUGGUUUCUCAUCAGUUGGUGUAUAUAUAGCACCUUUUGGGCAAAUGAAUUAUUCAGUGUUCUGUGUUGAAGUUUCAACCCUGAAAGCACAUGUUUGUUUGGGCAUGUGCUAUAUGUACCAUUAGAAGUAGUCCACAUAUUUCUGUCAUUUGUCGUUCUUGUGAAAUUCCAAAGUAGAUGAUCAGUGGUUGUGAUCAUUUCAGUGGCUGAAUAGGUAAUGUUAUUCAUAAUUAACUCGAGAAGCUAAUUUCAGUACUGACAGCAUUUAAAUAUUUAAGGAGAAGUGUGCGGUUGCAAACUGAUGGAUACUGCCUCCUCCAGGGUUAUCUUUACCAGCCACUGAUCUAUGCUAUGACCUGAUUCCGAA